CCUAAACAUUGGCUUCCAGCACACUCUUAACAUAUCACCACAUAACACACCCUCCCAAUAUCAAAUACCCACCAUGGCCACAAUCCGCCGUACCCUCACCCACCUACCCCGCCACCUUUCCCGCCGCCCAUUCAGCACCUCUCGAUCCCACCUCACACAAUCACCAUUUGGCAGCGGCCCCGCCCCACCGCGCCUCCCGAAGGAAGAGCAAGAAAUCUUCGAGAAGCUACAACGGCAGAGCACAGGCGCGUUCAGCACGCCACGAGAAGACGCGGCACCAACAACGACAGAGUUCAAGUCGAGCACACGCAUGCAAAUCAACCAGAGCCCCGACUCCGCGCCUGGACAAUCAUCUACACAGCAGUUGCCGCAGUCGGGCAGGAUGCAGAUCAACCAAUCGCCCGACUCGUCCCCGGAGACGAUACGCUUCGAGAACGGCAAGCAGAUUCGCAAGGGCGAGGACUUGCAUCCGAAUAUCAGGCGGGGUGCGCCGCCGGAGUUCGAAGGCGAUGUUAAUCCCAAGACCGGCGAGGUGGGUGGGCCCAAGAAUGAGCCGUUGCGGUGGGGUGGGCAGGGGGAUUGGAGUUAUAAUGGGAGGGUUACGGAUUUCUGAGGGGGAGGGGUAGAAGAUGGUGGCAUUUAUUAAUAAGACGUUGGGAGGGAGUCAAGAUGGAAGAUGUAUAUACUGGAUAGAAUAUUAGAAGAGGGAGAUGAGUGGAUGUAUGCGGCAUGGCUUGUUCUUCUCUGUCUGUAUAAGAUUUGUACAAUGUUCGCUGUAGGUUGGAAUCUGUAUGAAUCUGCCCAUAUCAGUUCACAUGUGUGUAGCGUCUGCCUACAUCUAUCGAAUGCUUGAUAUACCUACGUUGAUUCUGUGUAGUUAGAUUUGGUAGGACGGUAUGUAUGGAAUGGCUGUUCUGGAUCCUGAACUAAAAACUCGCAAGACUUAACGAGUCUGUUCUAGACGCUUAACUUACACACGAGAAUAGCCAAGUGUUUAUCGAAGGG